UUCCAUCCCUCUCUCAUUUCGAAAUCGUCGGAGAUUGAGACCGAGAGAGAGAGAUGGAGAGCCGAAGCGGCUCCUUCUCAAGCUUUCGAGCCUAUGGCCGAGCUCUCGCCCAGACCCCGGCCCGGCUCGCCCGCCGGGCUGGCUCGGUCUCCACCACCUACGAAGAAAUGAGCCGGGUCCGGGCACGUUCCGGAUCCGACAUGCACAAGACGCUUCGCUGGUUCGACCUCGUCGGCCUCGGCCUCGGCGGCAUGGUCGGCGCCGGUGUAUUCGUCUCCACCGGCCAAGCCGCCCGGUUCGCCGCUGGCCCGGCCAUCGUUUUAUCAUACGCCGUCGCUGGACUCUGCGCACUCCUCUCCGCCUUCUGCUAUACCGAGUUCGCUGUCGACAUGCCCGUUGCAGGAGGCGCAUUCAGUUACCUGAGGGUCACCUUCGGGGAAUUUGCGGCUUUUCUGACGGGAGCGAAUCUGGUGAUGGAUUACGUGUUCUCGAAUGCGGCGGUGGCGAGAAGUUUCACUGCGUAUUUGGGGACGUCGAUCGGCGUGGCGACGACAGAGAGAUGGAGGAUAACGGUGUCGGGAUUGCCGGACGGGCUCAAUGAGAUUGAUUUGCUUGCGGUGGGAGUCGUUUUGGUGGUUUCUCUAUGUAUUUGUUACAGUACGAAGGAGAGCUCUGUUCUGAACAUGGUAUUGACAGCCAUUCAUCUGGCAUUCAUCUUCUUCAUUAUACUGGUUGGGUUCUGGAGAGGAGACUGGAAGAACCUGAGGGAGCCGUCUGACGCGACGCACCCGGGCGGGUUCUUCCCGUACGGCGCGUCAGGUGUUUUCAACGGCGCGGCGAUGGUGUUUCUGAGCUAUAUCGGGUAUGACGCCGUGUCGACGAUGGCGGAGGAGGUCAAGGACCCGAGACGCGACAUCCCGAUAGGCGUUUCGGGUUCGGUUGUUAUCGUAACUGUUCUCUACUGCUUGAUGGCGGUUUCCAUGUCGAAGCUCGUUCCUUACGAUGCGAUUAAUGUGGACGCACCAUUCUCCGGCGCAUUUAAAGGGCAGGAGGGGUGGGGCUGGGUGUCGAAUGUGGUCGGUGUGGGCGCUAGCUUUGGCAUAUUGACGUCGAUGAUGGUGUCGAUGCUGGGCCAAGCCCGCUAUCUAUGCGUCAUUGGGCGCUGCAACGUCGUCCCUUCAUGGUUCGCCCAGGUCCACCCCAAGACCGCCACGCCUGUUAACGCCUCAGCAUUCCUCGGGAUUUUCACGGCCGCGAUCGCCCUCUUCACCGAUCUAAACGUCCUUCUCCACCUCGUCUCAAUCGGGACGCUCUUCGUCUUCUACAUGGUGGCCAAUGCAGUAAUCUACCGCCGCUACGUCUCCGUGGGGAUCACUAACCCAUGGCCCACCCUAGCAUUCCUCAUCUUCUUUUCCAUCAUCUCCCUCGUCUUCACUCUCCUAUGGCGGUUUGCCGCACCGGGCCACGCAAAGGCGUUCGCACUCGGAGGGUGCACCGUGGCUGCGGUCGCGGUCCUCCAAACGUUCCAUUUCUACGUGCCGCAAGCUAGGAAGCCCGAACACUGGGGCGUACCGCUGAUGCCGUGGAUACCGUCAAUCUCGAUCUUCCUCAACGUCUUCUUGUUGGGCUCCCUCGAUGGGCCGUCGUAUACCCGAUUCGGGUUCUUCUCUGUUCUAGCCAUCCUUGUUUAUGUUCUAUACAGUGUUCAUGCCAGCUUCGACGCUGAAGGAGAUGGGAUUCUUCUCCAAAAGAAUGGAGAAAUUCAAAGCCAUUGUGAAGAAAAUGCUGUUGGUAGUUCGCAAGUGUAAUGAUGUUUGCAUGCACCUGCCUUUUAUAUUUUGGAUUUUGCAAACACUUGUUUUUCAUUUUGGUAGUUGAAUUGGUACCAUGCAUGGAUUGAAGACUCGGUGGGAUGGGUGGUGAGUCGAUUCUACCGAGUCUGAGUUCACUGGGGCGAGUUGUGCUUCUUCAAUUGCCAAAAUGGAGAACGGAUCUGCUAAAGAAUGGAAGGGUGGUGUGAUGUAGAUAUCAAAUUUAUCUUCUUUUGUGUUUUUUUUUUUGGGUUGGUUGGUUUGAUGGAUUGUGAUCAACAAUAGGGAGUGAGUAUACAUGUAAAAAAGAAAUGGGUGGGUUUUGGAUUAGUUCGGCCCACCUUUUGUAGGUUGCAAUCCAUCAACCGUGAAAGAAUUAAAUGGUUGAUGUAAGCCGUUGAGAUUGACUUUUGACAGAAACGAAUGAAAACAACAGGGAGAAAAUUGUUUA